GUGAAAAGUACGUGUUAUUGUUGAGAUCUAAAGAACUUUUAUUUGAAAACUGUAUCAACGUGUAUAUUGUACGCUCUUAAUCAGAAACAUAAGCCACUUUUCCCCCCAAGCUUGGUGAAAAUGUUCCGCAACGAGUACAACCUUGCGAUGGAGCGAGACUCGGGCAGCGUAUCGUCCGUGUCCUCCUUCCAAGUAGACGAUCUGAUGGAAAAGCUGAAGCUGCUGAACUACGAGCGGCUCCUGCUGAAGGAGAUGAAGAUGAAGCAAAUCAAUCGCUACUACUUCCUGCGCUCCUUCAACCCGGGCGAACAGUUUUUCAUGUUCACCUCGAUCUGUGCCUGGCUGAUACGCAAGAUCGGCAAAACGUUCGACCAGCCGCAGGAGUUUGACGACCCGAACAUAGUCAUAUCGCGCAUCAUCAAGGUGCUGCAGGAGAUGGAUGUACCGACCGACUUCCAGACGAACCGGCUCAUUCAGGGCGCCGGCCCCAUCUGCGUCUACAUCAUGGACUGUCUGGCCACGCAGGCACUCAAGCUCACCAAGUUCCAGAUGAAGCGGCCCGAGUGUCGCAAGGAAGACGACCCGAUGGUCGACCUGAUCGAGAACGAUUCCGAAAUCAUACUGGAGAAGGUGGAAGAGGAGCAGAUGGCCGGUGGCAGUGACGACAGUGAUGACGAGCGGAACGGUCUCUUCGAUCUGAGCUUCUCCGAUCCGGCCCGGUCGGGUGCUGGCGUGCGGAAGGAGACACGCGAGUACAAGGUGGAUUCUCUGUCGGACAGUGAAGCGUGGCGUUUGGAGCUGGAACGCGUACUGCCGCAGCUGAAGGUGGUCGUAAAGACGGAUCCACGUGACUGGAGGGCUCAUCUGGAGCAAAUGAGAAAUUUGCGAAACAACAUCGACUCGGCAACGGAGGAAACAGACAGCCAGCUAUCGAAACUACAGUCCGACAUUAGCUACGUGAUGGAGAAGAUCGAAAGCCGCGAAAAGCACCUGAACAACGAUCUGAAGGAUUUGAUCGCCCAGUACAAGGAGAUCCUGAUCGAGCACAACCAAACGACGGCCCAGAUCAAGCAGGCCGAGCAGGAGCGAACCGAGCACGAGCACGAGCUGUCGAAGAUUACGAACGAGCUGGAGAACGUGAAGAUUCAGAUGGAGCAGCGUGGCAAUUCGAUGACGGAUGGCAGUCCACUGAUCAACAUCAAGAAGGCGAUCUUUCGCAUCAAGGAGGAGCUGUGCGAAAUGGACAUCAAGAUUGGCGUGAUGGAGCAAUCGCUCAACUCGGAGAUCGUUCGGCAAGGGACGCAGUACGCGGAGCUGGACUCGCUCGUAAUGGCGGCUCACUGAGAGAGAGAGAAAAACACACUUUAAGUAAAUAUUUUUCAUUUUAAAACAAUAAUAAACCCUUUAAAACGGUCAUGUUCAGGUCAGGUCAGGUUCAAGCGCAGAAAAGGGAAUUUCGUUUUAAAUUUACAUCACGAUUGUUCGUAACUUGCUGAUGCAGAAACCGAUACGGUAAAUCUAAUAAGAAUUGUGUUCUACACGUCAAUCAAGUAGAAUUCAUGAAACCUAUUGAAGUUACAUUCAGAAUUAAUUCCAAUCAGCAAUAUUAGUCUGUUGGAUCUUAUUGUGCAAGGAGAAAUUGAUCUUUAUGCACACUGAUUUGAUAAAUAAUUUAAUUGCCAUUUUUUGAAAAGGAAAUCCAUGGAAAAUUCUAUCUUUAUCCAAAAUAAAUUGUUUAAAAAAAAUGUUUAAAAAAAGAAAAUAUUGCUUUACAUCUUUUGCAAGAU